AUGUUCGAGCGCAACGGAUGGGUCUCGGAUGCCCCACGCUCAACGCUCAACGGAACGAACAUAUCCGAAUGCAGCAGCUACGUUUAUCUGGGUCGGGAAUUGAAAAUGAUGAACGACUUGACCCCCGAGCUGGGCAGGAGAAGAGCAGCUUGGGGUGCGUAUAAGAGCAUCGAGGAUGUAGUGAAGAAGACCAGGAACGCUCGGCUCCGUGCUCACCUCUUCAACACCACCGUACUUCCUGCUUUGACGUAUGGUUCACAAACCUGGGCAUUUCGCAAGCAGGAAGAAAACGCGGUGAGCGUCAUUGACCUCGCAAUUGAGAGAGUGAUGCUAGGAGUAUCCCGUUUCACGCAAGUGAGGGGCGGGAUUCGAAGUUUUCUCCUACGUCAGCGAUCGAGGAUCAGAGACGCCGCUGCAUUUGUCAAAAGCAGCAAAAUAAGGUGGGCCGGAUACGUGAUGCACUUUAACGACAACCGUUGGACCAACGUCGUGAGCGACUGGGUUUCCCGCGAUAUUAAGCGCACUACAGGAAGAACGCCGACCCGAUGGUCAGAUUUCUUCACGAAGUCCUUCAAAGAAAAUUAUGAGGCUUUUCUUGUCCCACGCAAAAGGAAGAACCACUGGGCGACUCUGGUACGCGAUCGGGACAAAUGGAAAAAUUACUGGCCCCCACUCGACCAGUUCGAAGAUCAGCGGGAGUCAAAGUGA